AUGACCUAUCCAGAUUUCGUUUGGUUUCUACUGGCUGAAGAAGAUAAACGUCAUCCUAGAAGCAUUGAAUACUGGUUUCGAUGUAUGGAUUUAGACGGCGAUGGUGUCCUGUCAAUGUAUGAAUUAGAAUAUUUCUAUUCAGAACAAUUGGCUCGUAUGGAAGAAAUGGGUAUUGAACCGAUAUCAUUUGAAGAUUGUUUAUGCCAAUGCUUGGAUAUGGUGAAACCAGUUCUUGGUGAUAAAAUUCGUCUAUCUGAUAUGAAACAAUGCCGGUUAUGUCAUAUCUUUUUUGAUACAUUCUUUAAUUUACCUAAAUAUUUACAACAUGAACAACGUGAUCCAUUUGCUAAUUUAAGAGAUAUUGAAGAAGGCCUUAAUGAACUAUCUGAUUGGGAUCGGUAUGCUGCUGAAACCUAUGAAAUGUUAGUCAAUGUUGAAGGCGGAGGUAUUCAAGAAGAUGAAGUCGACGACGAUGAUGAGGAUGAUGAUGACGAAGAGGAUGGAGAUGAAGAUGGUGGUGAUGAUGAUGGUCCUGGUGGUGGUGGCGGUGGCGGCACUGGUGGUGGUGGAAGUGAUGAACAAGGCGAUUUAGGCGCUGCUACAACGACUAUCUCAUUAUCGAAUAAAAAUGAUAAACUCAGCGGGAAAGAUAAUACUGCUGGAUCUUGUGCACUGGCUAAUAAACUUGAAACUGUUAGCAAUGAUUUAAUGGCAUUAGAGUCAGCUGUUGGAGCUGGGGAUUGAGUGAGUGAGUCACAUUAAUUUGUGUUAAAAAAAUAAGAAUGAUUAAUCUCGAGUUAUUUAAUGUUGAUCACUGUUUUAACAACGUUUUGUUUAAAUUAAUCCUGGGUAGAUUAUUACGGCGUCGGUGGCGCAGCGGUUAGGGCGCUUGCCGACCAUGCACAUGGUCUGUCUGUCUGUCUGGAUUCAACAUAGAACUUGGCACCGAAGUGCAGCAGUUCGAGUUGCCACCUUCCAAAUAGCACACAGAGGUAGACAAGAAGAUGAGUGAAGAGAAUCAAUACAGUCUGACAAGUAUAAGAGUGAAACAGAAUGGGUAAUGGUAGAAAGGAAUAUGAAAGAUUACAGAGACUGAAUACAUCUGCGCUGGCCAUUGACAACGAUUUUGAGCCAUGUCACCUAUUGUCUCCAGCCAUUGAUUCCUAGAGUUCCGAGGGCCCCAACCCGGAAGUCUGCAUCUCCCUCCCUACCUAACUCAGUUUAACUGUCAAGGAUUUCAUGGAUUGAUUCCAUGUUUUUGUUUGGCCACCACUGGCUCUUUUCCAACCUGCACCUAUAUCAGCUAGCAAUGCCCAUCGGGGGAGGCGGUGGUUAGGCAUGCGCUGCACGUGACCUAGCCAUCUUAGUCUAUGUAACUUUAUAGCCUCGUCGAUUGAUUUUCCCUGUUUGCCUGCCCAACACUCUACGCCUAACGUCAACAUUACUUACCUUAUUAUACCACCACCUAACGUGAGACAGAGAUCGCAGACAUCUAUGGUCGAAAGCAGUCAACCUUUUCAUGUCUUCAACGCGUAUUGGCCAUGUUUCAGAGCCAUAGAGAAGGAUGGAGCGAACUGCUGAGCAGUACACACGUCCCUUGGUUGAUAACCGGAUGUCACGCCUACGCCAGAGAUGGUGUAAGUCAGUGAAAGCAGCUCGAGCUUUUCGGAUCCGUGCUGAGAUUUCAUCGCCAAUCAGUCCGUUGGUGCACAUGGUCCGGGGUUCGAUCCCCGGCCGACUCACUCCUUCACCUCGCUAAGCCAGAAACAGUGCUGGUAAAGAGGAAAGGUUAGGCAUGAGGCAAGCAAACCCAUCCUGUAAAAUAAACACUGCUACAGAAACUUCAAGCCACUGGCUUGAAGCCCUAUGUUCCACUGGGAAUUAGAAGGAAAAAUUACUUAUUAUUAUUAUUUAGAUUAUGUUUAGGAAAAUAUUCAACUCAAUGCAAUGGUUCGUAAUUCCACAAUGAGAUGUAUGGAUUUAUUAAAUAGGCUGUUUAUGAUGCAUUUGGCUGCCCUUAGACCUGAUUAGUAAAAGUGCAGAUGCAUUCACUCCUUUUGCAAACUCCUAUAUCCAUUGAACCCUGUUGUUUUUCCAUGUUACUGCUCUUUCUGCUUCACAUUUUGUGCUUACUAUUAUAAUAUUUCUUUUGAAUCUGGUUUCCCCUCCUCCCUUUCUCUACCUUUGUGGGUCAUUUAGAAUGUACGCACCCACCGGGAUUCGAACCCAGGACCUUCUGGUUACAAGGCGAGCGACCUCGUAGAUCAUUAAGCCACUGGGAUCCGAUCCAAUGGACAGCCCAUGAAUUCUAACUUCUUCCAAUGCACCCUACUGGUCACGACUUUUCACUGGAACCCCAGGUAACUACCUACCUGAGUAGGGCAAGUUACUAGUGAGCAUCUCAUUGAUAUUCAAGUAUCGGUUUGUAGGGAUUUGGUUGAUUGGUUACAGGUUUUCACUAUGAGCUGAACCCAGGACCUUCUGGUUCGAAUCCCAGUGGAUGAGUAUUGAUGAAGAGUCUCAAGCUAGGACGAAACAGCUGUCCAGUACUCCUAGGUUUUCCAGUGGUUCUCUAACUAAUGUCAGCUCAUGAUGAAAUCCUGUAACCAAUCAACCAAAUCCCAACAAAUCAACACUUGAACAUUUAGAAUGUGUCAAGUUGAAAGUAGAAUGUCAAUAAGUUAUAGCUUCACUAUUUUGUAAAGUAUAGAAGGAUAUAUUUGUAUUACGACAUGUUCUAUUAAAACACAAACUCGGUAUGUUGUAGGCACCAAGAGAUGCGCCACACAAGAUCUCAGAUUUUGUGCGGGAUACUGCCCGGACGCUGAGACUGAAGUCAACCUUGUGACUGUAAGUCUGAUCCUCUAAGAGGCGGUGAAGCAUUGUCAGGGGCUGCUUUUCCAAAUUAGAUUGAUACACCAUUAGAUCCAUUAGAAUUUUGGAGCCCAUGUACACACCAUAGGUUUGGAGUCUGGGUCUAUUUCAGCUUUCCUAGGUAGGCCACCAUAUGCACCGAUCUGGCUGUAAGCGUCAGACAUUCUCUAACACCCGUUUAUUUUUAUUAGGAAUACCCCCGCCGCAUAAAUGCAGUCGAUAUGAUUCAAUUGACAGAGACUAUGGACACGUGAACUCAUGAGAGUAUUUCGAGAAGAACAUCGAAGUCUGUAGACUCUCAGCCCUACCAGGUCGUUUAUGUAUUACCAAGUUGAACAGAAACGUAAAUCAAAUAUACAACACUUCUUAUGACUUUGUUGAUAGCCUUUCUAACAUACUGUGCUUCUGAUCAGCAUUGUUGGCUCAUUAAUAUUAAUAUGUAGUCAUGAUAUUAACAACACUUUAGUUAGUAGUACUGUAACAACAGAAGACAAGGGCCAGGCAACAGAUCGUUUUAUUAUGAAAAUCAACACGUAUUUAUACAUAUUUCACAUACAUUAUUAUAGACAAGCGCAGUCAUCUGAUUGGUUGUUUAUCAGAGGUUAGGCAGACAAACGCAGGCUUCUGAUUGGUUGUUUCGGGAUUCCUCGACAAAUAGAGUUCUCUAUCUGCGAAUCAUAUUUUGCCACGUUAACUUUGCUGUGAUUGGUUGUUGAAUCCGCCUUGUUCAUAUUUUCUCACGGCCCAUAUUAACGUAGAUUAUUGUCAACCAAUCGGCUAGCAGCCUGCUCUCACCACAGUACUACUAUGUUACAUACAAUGUGUUGUGAACUAAGCAAUUUGUGAAUUUUAAGAAAUGUGAGCGUGUUCAGAUGCUUUUCUUAGUAUGAUCGCUUCAUUCAUAUAUGGGAAUUAAUGAUGAUGAUGAUGAUGUUGUGUACUCGUUGAGUAGUUAAUAGUCCUGACGCGGAAAGAGGGAAAUCAGAAGACCGCCUUGUUCACGAUGAUACUUGUAUUUUCCAGACAAGGAAAAUAAAUGUCACACAAGAGUGUGAGUGAAAUUGUACGAGUGUACGAAAUGUGUGUGAACAACAAUACAGCACAGAAGUAUAUAUGAAAAUGGCUAAUACACAUGAACCAAUAAGAUAGUCAUCUUAACAUGAUUGGUUGUAAUGUCAUGUGAUAAUAAGGUCAUACAUGCUUAUUUAGUUAGUGGACAGACAAAAGCAUAUUAUUAGUUAUAAUGAAAUAUCGAUCCAUAUACACAUGGCAAAAUAUAAUAGACUGUCAAAAACAAAACACACAUCAUGUGGAUACAUAUCAGAUGAUGAUACUUUUCUCGCACAAGUUGAACGACAAUUAUUUCCAAAUUUUGAAAGCUUGUUAGAAAAACCGAGUUUUAAUUACAAAUCAGCAUUAUUUUUAUUAUGCUAAUCAAAUUAAGUAUAUGAAUAUAUAUAAGCCUAGACUCACAAUGAAACUAUUUCGAAAUCACAUCCAUUCAUAGAGGAGACAGUAAUUUCUUUUUUAUACUAGGAAAGUUCAUCCUCUCUAGGCCUAAACAUAAAACUCUGACUGAAAAGAACAGCGUUAAUGCUGUCCGUUGAGCAAAACGUCUGCGCUUCUGUUAUAGUCUACUGAUGAUGAUAUAUUAAGUAAUAGUGUUGGUUUGUGGCUUUGAUACCGAAAAGCAAUAGGCAAAUAUUGACAACUAAUCUAUUCACCCCCUCCCUGCUUAGACCACGAAAAAAAUGAAGACAUAACAGAUUAUUGAUGCAUGCCGAUGAGAACAAUUCAGUGUGAUUAUACACAAAUAUUACCAGUCUCGGGAAGUUUAACCAAGAAAUAGCUAAUUAAUGACUCACUACAAGAUGAAUUUGAUUAAAGUUCUAGUGGGGGAAGUUGUGAUCACUCACCUAUAACAUUGGCCGAUGAUUGCUGCAUAUUUAAAAUUAGCAGAAGUUAGAAUUAAUGAACUAUUGGAUUGAUCGGGUUCCAGUGACUGAAUGGUAUCCAAGUUGACCUUGUAAUCUGAAGGUCCUGGGGGGUCUUAGUGCGUAUUGAUGAAGAGUCCCAAACGAAGAUGAAGCAGUUGCCCAGUACUUCCUGACUUUCAAUGAUUCUCUAGCUGUAGUCACUUCGUGCCCCAAAUUGAAAUCAAUCAAAUCCCAGUAGACUAACACUUGAAAGUUGUAAACUGUUUGCUUGAAUUGGAGCUUCUAGGUUGUCCAGUCGCAUUGCGAUGAAUCUCCUACCUUAACUAAAUGAUCUGAUCCCAUCUAAGCCUGUUUCAACUGGUUUUUUUAAUACAGCUUCUCAAUACAUUUAUGGGAAUAAAAUCUGUGAGUAUAAGACUUUGCAGCAAUAGCAGCAUACACCCACCGAGGUUCGAACCCAGUAUCCUGCUGUUACAAAGCGAGGUCGUGGGCCAUUGAAUCACUGGUACCCGAUCCAAAGGCGCAUGGAUUUCAACUUGCACCACAGCGAGUAGGUGUGGUGAAGAGUCCUGAACUGGGACGAAACGGCUUUCCAGUAAUCUUUAGUUUUCCAAUAGUUCUCUAAGUGAUGUCAGCUGGUGAUCAAAUCCUUGCAAAUCAAUACUUGAAAAUUACACAUUUAUAGGUUCUUUUUGUUUGCAAUCUAAGAAUAUGAUUUCCUGCAUUUAAUAUUUUUUCAUUGUUUUUCUUUUUCUUUUUGUGUGUCUGUGUUUGUGUGCGCGCAUGUGUGUGUGUAUAUAGAUCAUCUGAAUUUUUAAAAAGAA